AUGGCGUCGGGAGCCGAACGCGCCGCCCUGCUCGGGGUGUCGACGUCGAGAGCGGAGUUGGAGGGAUCGCGCGACGGUGGCGAGCGGAGCGCGUCGACGAGCGGAGCGCGACGAGGAUAUUCGUACGGGCUUCCGAGCGCUCGGACGGUCGUGGGUGCGUUAUCUUUGGUCGCGGUAACGGUGGCGGUGGCGAUUGGGUGCGUGAGAGCGGGUGAGAGCAGGGCGAAUCAGACGCGUCUCGCGGCGCUAGGGGCAAAGUCGCACACGUCGCACAAGUCGGGAAAGACGGCGAAAGCUGGGACUAGUUACCCAUCGUCGUCGUACCCCAGCGACGAUUCGUCGUAUCCCAGCGAUAGCAGUGACGGUUACCCAGACAUGGCGACGCCUUCAGCGUAUCCCAGCGAUAGCAGCAAUUCAAACACGCGCGCCCUCAAGGUGCAGCCGAUCGGGCACACGAUUUGGCUUGGUUCAGAGCUUCCGAACGUGAAGCGGGCGUUUCUGAACCAGAAUAAGAAGAUUUUGCACAAGGCUGGAUGGAAGAUUAAGCUUUGGCGCAGCGCGGACAUAUCCGCGGCGAAUUUCCCUUACACGUAUCACACGAUAAAGCGAGCGCUCAAGUACAACUUGCACUCACACCAAAACGUGUUUUCGAUGAUUGGGGAUCUCAUGAAGUUCGAGAUUCUGUAUCAUCACGGCGGUCUGUACAUGGAUACGAAUAUUGAGCUCUUGCGGGAUCCAACGGAUUUGUUUUCCGUCACGGCGACGCUCGGCAAGGAGGUGUUCUUAGUUGCGGAUCCAGGAGGAGAUAAGCGUUUCGCGUCGGCAGGCUUCAUGGGUGCGCUGGAUAAGCACUCGGCGUUGUUCGCUUCAUUGAUUACAAACAAGGAGUACCUCGAUGCGAUUCCAUUCGAGGAGCACUGCAUCGCGAACGCGUGGACGGGGCCGAUGUACUUGACGCUCAAGCUACUCCACUUCGACAAUGCCGUCAUUUUGGAUCGUGACACCGCAUAUCCACUCCUGUGUGGUCAGGAUGAGCGCGACAUGUGCUUAGAACAGGUUGAUCACGAAGUCUUGCUUGGUGAUCGUGUGUCGAAGAAGGGCUCAAAGCUCAUCGUCGACAAGCACGACAAAGAAAAGAUUUGGCGCAUCAAAGUCCCGUGCAAGGAAAUUCGCAAGCUGUAUCCAGACGCCACGGCGCUGGAUCACUUCACCCUUGGUAAAUCGUGGACUGGAUGUGAUCCGGAAGCGAAGACGAAGCGAUUAGUCGACUGGACGUUGAAUUACGUCCAUGACCCGUCGUCUUUCAUCUUUGACUUCAUUCUGGAUCAAGUGCGUUGGUCAGAGGCUGACAACGUUGACAUCAUGACAGAGAAGCUCGUGAAUCGUCGAAUGAGUUUGCUAGGUACGGAGGAUGUCUCCGCUCAGCUCGUUGUUUUAGCUAACACGGCGCGAUCUGGAUCGCAGCUCAUGUCCGAGCUCCUUCGUCAAGCGUUCAACGCAGACGAAGACACGGUUGUGUGGGAGGAUAGUUCAGGUUUCCACUCCGACAUUCCGCUCUACAACAGAUUCUUGGAUAUCGGGGAUCUUUGGUCUGAGCGCGCGUUGGAGAUGGACUGGGUGACGAAGGAUAUGAAGCCACGAAUAUUAUCGCUGGGAGUCGACGAGGAUGUCUUCAACAACUUGGUGAAUCACCCCCGUACGUUUCUUGAUCAGCUCCUGCUCGGUGCGGCGAGGCACGGUUACCGUUACGUCAUGACGAGAAUUGGUUGGAACAACGCGCUCGGAGGUGCUCGAGCCACAAGACGUAUCGCACGAACGGUCUUGGAUGAGUUUCCCCAGGCGAACAUCUUCUUCCUUGAGCGAGCAAACAUUCUAGCACAGUACGCUUCAUUGGAGGCGGCGGAGCAAACGGGUAUGUGGAUGAAGUUUGCCGAUCCCUUGAAGCCUGAAUCGAAGGAUCAACCCGCGCCAACGCCAGUGGUAUUUGACUUUGAAAAGUUCAAGAUCACGUUUCAGGAGAGGCACGAUUGGAUCGAGUUCUUCAUGAACGAGAUGCGAGCGCGCAGGCGGCAAUACGUGCACCUGGUGUACGAGGAGCACUUGGCGACGGCUACUCGACAAGUCCAGACACUGAAGAGAAUCAAGGAAGCGUAUGGGUGGGACAUUGACGUAAAUCCAACAUACUUGCGAAACUCGCUCCACUUGGUGCCAACGCAAGAAGUGGAGCUGAGGGAGAGAUUCGUCAAUCCGGAGGCUAUCCCAGAGCUUCUCGUACAAGCCUUCCCGCUGAACGAGCUCGUCUAA